AUGGCCGUGAGCAGUAGUAAUGAGCGGACAAGAUCAGUCGGCAAAGUUGCGUACCAUAAAUUGUUUUCGUUUUCAGACAAAGCAGAUUAUGCACUAAUAGCCAUCGGUUCAAUCACAGCUCUUGUAAGCGGACUAUGUUUGCCUCUUAUGACUUUCUUAUUCGGACAGCUGGCCAACUCUUUCGGGCACAAUGUCGAAACUAAUACAGUCGUCCAUGAAGUCUCCAAGGUUUCUCUCAAGUUUCUAUAUCUCGCAGUGGGGUCCGGUAUUGCAGCGUUUUCCCAGGUCACAUGCUGGAUGAUCACAAGCGAAAGGCAAGCGGUUCGAAUUAGAAAUUUGUACCUAAGGGCAAUACUUAGGCAAGAUAUCGGAUAUUUCGAUACAGAAGCUAACACGGGAGAAAUUAUCGAAAGGAUGUCUACCGAUACUAUUACAAUCCAGGACGCUAUAGGCGAGAAGAUGGGAAAAUUCUUGCAGCUUUCGGCUUCAUUCAUUGGAGGGUUUACGAUAGCAUUUAUUAAAGGAUGGCUUUUAACUACAGUUUUGCUUUCGGCUAUCCCGUUUCUUAUUAUCUCAGCUGCUUCGAUGACUGUACUAAUGGCGAAGCUCCGAUCACGAGGGCAAGAGGCUUAUUCGUCUGCUGCUAUUAUUGUCGAACAAACAAUCGGCUCAAUCAGAACUGUUGCUUCGUUCACGGGGGAGAAACGAGCGGUUGAUAAAUACGAAAAAUCUUUGGAUAAAGCUUACGAAGCGGGCGUAGAGGAGGGAUUGGCUGCCGGAUUAGGGUCCGGUAUAUUUAUGCUGAUUUUAUUCUCUAGUUAUGCUUUAGGAAUUUGGUUUGGCGCCAAAAUGAUUUUGGACAAAGGCUACACAGGUGGAGAUGUCUUGAACAUAGUAAUGGCUGUUGUGACAGGAUCUUUUUCAUUAGGACAGGUGUCCCCAUGCUUGAGUGCAUUCACCGCUGGUCAAGUUGCUGCUUUCAAAAUAUUUCAGACAAUAAACCGGAAAAAACCGGACAUAGAUCCUUAUAGAAUGAAUGGAAAAGCCCCGAAUGAUAUUAACGGCGAUUUAGAAUUACGCGACGUGUGUUUCAGUUACCCUUCGAGACCGAACGAGAAGAUAUUCGACGGAUUUUGUCUCUUCGUGCCUAGUGGGACCACCUUAGCCUUGGUCGGAGAGAGUGGGAGUGGAAAGUCAACUGUUGUUAAUCUUGUCGAGAGGUUUUACGAUCCGCAAGAAGGAUUAGUCUUGAUCGAUGGUGUCGAUAUCAAAGAGUUUCGACUUAGUUUCUUACGAGGAAAAAUAGGGCUCGUGAGUCAAGAGCCCGUUUUAUUUGCUUUGAGCAUUAAAGAUAAUAUUGCUUACGGGAAAAACGAGGCGAGUAUCGAAGAAAUUAGAGCUGCUGCCGAAAAUGCCAAUGCUGCUAAGUUCAUAGACAAGCUGCCUCAGGGGAUGGAGACAAUGGUAGGUGUGAACGGGACACAGUUGUCUGGUGGGCAGAAACAGAGGAUUGCUUUAGCAAGAGCGAUUCUUAAACAUCCUAAAAUCCUACUUCUAGACGAAGCCACUAGCGCUCUUGAUGCCAAAUCGGAAAGAACUGUACAGGAGGCAUUGGAGAGGAUCAUGAUCAAUCGAACGACGCUAAUCGUAGCCCAUCGGUUGACUACAAUCAAGAACGCUCAUUCCAUUGCCGUUAUUCGUCAAGGCAAAAUCGUAGAAAAAGGUUCACAUUUGGAACUAACAAGAAAUCCGGAAGGAGUAUACAGUAAUCUCAUAAAACUACAACAGCUCAACAAAGAGUACUCAUCAAGAACAAAUUCUCCAACUGAUGAUGAAGAUGGACGAGAAACGGACGCAGAUUACGUACUAAGGUCCGUAAAUCGAGAGACGGUGUAUCGAAAACCGAAGAAAGAGCAUAAAGUACAGCUCCAUCGCUUAGCGUACCUCAACAAACCCGAACUCCCGUACCUAAUACUAGGUUCUUUAGCUGCAGUUGUCAACGGUGCAGUACUACCGCUCUACGGCCUCCUAUUUUCCAACACAAUCAAAGCAUUCUACGAGCCGCCUCAGAAGCUUCUAGAACACUCCAAGUUUUGGGCGUGCAUGCUCGUUUUCCUCGGUGUGGGGUCCCUUUUCGCCACCCCGAUGAAAACCUACUUCUUUUCCGUGGCGGGGUGUAGGUUGAUCAAGCGAGUACGAUUGAUGUGCUUCGAGAAAGUUGUCCACAUGGAUAUGAGUUGGUUCGAUAGGAGCGAGAACUCGAGCGGUGUGAUUGGCUCGAGACUGUCGGCGGACCCCACUUCUGUGAGGAAUCUAGUUGGGGAGUCUCUUGCGAUGCUCGUGCAGAAUGUUUCAACAGGUGUCGUUGGUUUGAUUAUCGGUUUCGGGGCGAGCUGGGAAUUGUCACUUAUAGUUAUGGCGAUGUUGCCUCUUAUCGGACUUAACGGAUAUCUUCAUAUGAAGUUUAUUAGUGGAUUUAGUGCCGAUACGAAGAAAUUAUUCGAGGAAGCGACUCAAGUUGCGAGCGAAGCUAUCGGAAGUAUGAGAACCGUUGCUUCGUUUUGUGCAGAAGAGAAGGUGAUGAAACUGCACCGCCAAAAAUGCGAAGGCCCGCUCAAAUUAGGAACCAAACACGGCCUUAUAAGUGGGGCCGGAUUCGGAAUCUCGUUGUUCUUUCUAUACUCGGUCUACGCAGCUAGUUACUAUGCCGGUGCUCGUCUUGUUGAUGCCGGAAAAAUAAAAUUUGGCGACGUUUUCCGUGUUUUCCUAGGUCUGAGCAUGACCGCCAUUGCAAUAUCCCAGUCGAGUGCUCUUGCACCGGAUUCCGGUAAAGCCAAGGCAAGCGUAGCUUCGAUUUUCGCAAUUCUUGAUCGGAAACCGGAAAUAGACUCUGCUGAAAAAACAGGAAUCACGUUGGAAAACGUAAAGGGGGACGUUGUUUUUCGUAAUGUCAGUUUUAAGUAUCCCAAUAGACCUGAUGUUCAAAUCUUUAAUGAUCUAUGCUUGGCAAUUCAUACAGGCAAGACGGUUGCGAUUGUGGGAGAAAGUGGGAGCGGAAAAUCGACGAUGAUUUCGUUACUGCAAAGAUUUUACGAUCCCGAUAGUGGAGAAAUCACAAUAGAUGGGAUUGGAAUAAAAAUGCUGAAUUUGAAAUGGUUAAGACAGCAAAUUGGUGUAGUGGGCCAAGAGCCCGUUCUCUUCAACGACACGAUACGGGCCAACAUUGCUUACGGAAAGGAAGGCGGUGCAACGGAGGCGGAAAUUGUGGCCGCUGCUGAGUUGGCGAACGCGCACAAAUUUAUCUGCGGCACACACAAGGGGUACGAAACGAUGGUUGGUGAAAGAGGGAUUCAAUUGUCGGGCGGGCAAAAGCAACGAGUGGCUAUAGCUAGAGCUAUAGUGAAGGGUCCGAGAAUACUACUACUCGACGAGGCGACGAGUGCUCUCGAUUCCGAAUCGGAGAAGGUGGUUCAAGAUGCAUUGGACCGAGUAGCAGUGGAUCGGACCACCGUGGUGGUGGCUCAUCGUUUGUCGACCGUGAAGAACGCCGAUUCGAUUGUCGUUUUGAGGAAUGGAGUUAUUGCAGAGAAAGGAAACCAUGAGAGUUUGAUUACUAAGAAAGAUGGUUUGUAUGCCUAUUUGGUGUCGCUGCAUGGCCAUGGCAAUGAUUUAUAUUCUUGAUUUUUUUUUAAAUUUCUUUUUUAAUUUCAAUUUCGUGGUGUAUUAUUAAUUAUGAUUUAAUAAUAAAUAAUUAAGGGACAGAAAAACAAACAGGGAAUCAAUCUUAAGAGAUAAUAAUCCCCAACUCCCAAUGCACCCGAAAAAAAAUAAAAAUAAAAAUCUGUCCAAAUAUCCAAAAUGUUUCUGCAAAGACAGAUUUAAAUACUUUGUCCGAAAAUGAAGCACAUGAAGCUCACUGUUCAAUCCAUUAUUAUUUAUUAAAACCCAAAAUAAAUAAUUAAAAAUUAAAUAAAUAAACACCAAAAAGAGAAGAAAAGGAGCAGCAGAACCCAUAAAAACAAAAGGCCAAACACAUGUGCACACCCAUUCACUAAAAUAAAA